UCGUUCAUUCUAGACAGCCGCCUCACUCGCUCGCUACCAUCCCCAGCCGGCGGCUCUUCCAUCAAAGAUUUGGGCUUUAACCCCCGAUGCACCAUCAAUUUUGUGUCUUUUGUUCGUCGCCAUUUUGUUUGUUGAUUUUGUAACAUUGUGCUUUGCUGUAUUUGCUCGCUCGCUCGACCGUAGGCGUUUGGACCAGUGGACAAUGACUCCCCUUCGAUCAAUGACUGGGGACACUUUUGUCACUGAGAAGGAAAUGAAUCCUUCUCAAACUCCAGCAUCUCCUACAAAUACUGACAGCUCUGGAAAUACUCUACAAGGAGACGCCAUAAUUGAAAUGGGAAACGAAGACGAUGGUAAUUCAACAGUGCGAACGUCCUCCUCGAGGUCGAGACGGUCAUCGUCGCUUCAGCACGACACUCAGCCUCCUACGGAAAAGAACCGACUUACUGUCCUACAUCGGAUAACGAAGCCCUUCAGGCCAACCCCAGAUCCUCUUGACAUAACCGAGACAAACACCCGAAAACUUGAAGAAACCCCCAAUGGAUUUCCACGUUUGGCUGCGUUCCAAUCGUCUGAGGCAAAUUUCGCUUUGUACAGGUCAUUCUCUUAUCUUCAUUCGCGCUUGCUGCUCGAUCUCCAGGACGAGAUCACUAGCCUUGAAAAGGAACUCGACGAUAUCGAUUGGGAUGACUUCGAUGAAGAUCGAGACCGCCUGCGCAGUCGAGAAAUCGAUGUCGCACAGGCUGCUAAUGAACCCAACAAACGCACCCGGCGUGUGAUCUUACGAGAGAUUAGAGAAAGACUAAUGGAGUAUGAUGAGGUGCUUAUCAAAGCGAGAACGCUCGAGAGCUUCCAGAAGCCGAGUGAUCGUAAUUACCGAAGUGUCAGGCGGUACCAUCAUAACGAAAAGCCCCUCAUGGAUGCUGAGAUGGAUGCAAUCAGGAGCAAGGAAGACACCGUCUCGCUGGGAAGUGGCCGCGAGUGGGCGUCAUUUGACGGUGGAGUGGAAACAAUGAUCGGCCAAUUCGAUGGUUUCCUAAAGAGAUUAUUUCGAUUGAAGACUCCUCCUUUACAGAAUUUGCUUCGAACGCCAGAACUGCGCGCCAAAACAUCGAGUCCACAUGUUUCCUACUACUCUAGCUCCCGUAUCGACAAACUCACUAAUGUGUUCAUAACUUUCGUAAUCUUCUUCCUUCUUGUGGCCCCGGUGGUAAUCAUGUACCACUUGACCUCGACAAAUCUUUACACAGGAUCGGAUCCUGAACAGCAGCAGAAUGUCGCAGAACUGUACCAGCGCAGCACUUUCAGGGCUGUUGGUGUACUGAUAGUCUUCACGCUGGUGUUUUCAGCUGCGAUGAGUCUAUUGACGAGAGCGCUGCGACAUGAGCUCUUUGCUGCGAGUGCGGCCUACUGUGCGAUUCUAGUUGUAUUCAUUGGGAACUUUACUGGGCCAGGUAAUUAGUUGUAUAUCGGAUUCACGAAUAAUGACUGACGAUUUAAAUCGAAUGCCUGUUCAUCUGGUGAUAUGUCAUGAACGCUUUCGCAUUUGUGAUCGUUCAACAAAAAUAUCUUUCGUUUCUAUCAAUUGCCAAUCAAUAAGUCGAUGCUCGUUUGGCUGGAGACUACAUAGCAUGUACAUAAU